AUGUUAAAAUUACGUCAACUACAAAAGCGAAAACAGCAAGAGCAAGAACAAGAGAAGCAACAACAGAUCAACAAUAAUCUUUCAAACACUGUCCUAUCGCCUGCUCAAAUAAGAUUGCAGCAUGAUUUGGAAGAACUAGACUUGCCCAGCACGAUAAACGUUCGUAUCAAAUCGCCUAUAGAAUUCCCGGCAGAAUCACCAGAAUUAUUGAUUACGAUUCAUCCCGAUGAAGGUAUCUAUAAAGACGGAUAUUUCCCCUUCUCGAUGGUUUUCAAAGAUAGUUAUCCAAUCGAACCGCCCGUAGUGAAAUUCUUGAAGAAAAUUUAUCAUCCAAAUAUCGAUUUGAAUGGUAAGAUUUGUUUGAAUAUCCUACGAGAAGAUUGGUCUCCAGUCUUGGAUUUACAAAGUAUCAUAAUAGGGUUGAUGUUCCUAUUCUUGGAACCAAACCCAAGAGACCCCUUGAAUUUGAAAGCCGGUGAAUUAUUGAAAGAAAAUAAGCAGGAGUUUAUCGAUAUAGUUCGUUUAACCAUGAGAGGCACAACUCACGAAGGUUAUCGUUACGAUAACGUAAUGCAUACAUUAUAA